AAUAUCUUAAUUAGAGGUGUGCAAUAAAUCUGACUCAGCAUAGCACGGCCCCAGUGUUACGUCGAGGCAGCGGCCGUAUCCAAGUCCGUAACUACAAACCUCAUCAUCAGCAUCAUCAUCAUCAUCAUCCUCAACAACAUGGCGCCAGCGUACAGCUGGACCGCACAUAGACGCCGCGGCACUUCUUCAACAAGUUACUUUACUCACUAACCGCAGCGUCGCGAAGAUUUUUGUAUCUUUUUUUUUUACUUUUCUUCUUACCCACUUCGUUUGUUCUCUUUGACAAGCAAAGAUCAGCCUUUUUGUUCAUCUUAGUCUCAACGACUCACCUGCUUUAGCAAAAAGAACAGACCGUACUGGACUCACUCACUGUUGCUGUAUUUCUCAAUUUAAAAGGAAAGUGCGAGCACUGAAAUUACGCAGAGGGGAAAAAGUACUUUUUUUUCCCCAGAAAAAUAAGCCAUGUAACUGCGCUCGAAAGGCUUUUCUUCAGAGGACAUGCAUCUAAACAUGAGCGAAAAUAACUGUCCAUUUGAAGAAAGGGAUAGAGACAGACUUCCUCCUAUACUAAAUCAUAGCUUGGAUCGUGGGCCGAAGCUCCCUUUCCCCUCUUAUGGAAGCUUCAUCUCCACCCUGAAUCACAAAAGAGAGUCAGGCAGCCACAGUCUUUCUUCUCCGCUCCUGCUACCUGCAGUCAAACAAGUGAGAGAGCUUCCCCCAAUAUGUCCAGAUGUGAGACAGAAGCAUCGUAUCUCUAUUGAUGUUCUCCCUCCAGAGGUGAAGGCUCGUUUUGUCUCAGAACCCAUUAUUCCCAUUCGGACCAAAACCGCCAAAGAGUUUCAGGACGAUGUUGAAAGGGCAACUAUCUCAGGGGAUUGGAAGCAAGUCCAUGAUUUCUACUUGACCACAUUUGAUUCCUUUUUGGAACUCAAUGGUGCAUUUAAGAAAGAAGCAAAUGCUCCCUUUAACACUAUUGAAGACUCAGGAAUAAACAUCAAAUUUGUCAAUAUUGUUUAUGAUGCCUUACUCCACACGCCUGCAGACACACAGAAAUCAGUCCUGAAGGGAAUUAUUAAUAGCUUAUUAAGAGAAUGGAAAGGGCCUCGCACAAAGGAUGACCUUAGAGCAUAUUUUGUUCUUGUGCAGAACCCUCAGUACACCAGCCCAGCCACAUAUGUCAUCUAUGCACACUUACUGAGGCAAAUAGCAGCCCUGGCUGAAGCGGACCACCAUUUCCUGAUGCACUGGUUUAAAAAGCUGCCUCAGAAGCGUUUCAAACAGCUGGUGGAGCGCUUGCAGCUCUUCAUCACUACCCGCCUAUUUCCUGCCAAGCCAGAAGAGUUGCCGCCCAUGGCCAAAUGCUCGUGGUGGAUUCCCUCAGCCACUAAAGUCCUUUCCCUCCUUAAUGCUGCAAAUAGCAUUUCCUCUUCCUCCAUCAUCCCUUUCACUGAUUUCUACAACCUAACAUUGGACCACAUAGACUUUAUGGAGGAUUACCACACGUGGCAGGCUCACGGAAAUUCAAACAGUCGGUUCACCUUCUGUCAGUUCCCCUUCAUCCUGUCCACAGUGGUGAAGAAGGCCAUAAUCCAGAGAGACUCUGAGCAGCAGAUGAUCAGCAUGGCCAGGCAAACCCUGGUGGACAAGGUUUCUCGCAGGCAGAGGGUGGAUAUGAGUCUGCUGUUUCUCAACAUUAAAGUUAGGCGUCUGCACCUGGUCAGUGACUCACUGGAUGAGCUUUCGAGAAAGCGAGCAGACCUGAAGAAAAAAAUGAAAGUGACGUUUGUUGGGGAAGCAGGGUUGGACAUGGGUGGACUCACAAAAGAGUGGUUUCUUCUCCUGAUUCGACAGAUUUUUCACACAGACUAUGGCAUGUUCACGUAUGUGAAGGAGUCCCAGUGUCAUUGGUUCAGCAGCUGGAAAUGUGACAACUACUCUGAGUUCCGAUUGGUUGGAGCCCUCAUGGGCUUGGCUGUGUAUAACAGCAUCACACUGGACAUCCGCUUCCCCCCUUGCGUCUACAAGAAGCUGCUGACCCCGCCCAUUGUGCCAUGUGACCUCGACACCCCCGUCGGCAUGGCGACCCUCACCCUGGAUGACCUCCAACAGAUUAUGCCUGAUCUUGCUCACGGACUUGGGGAACUCCUCAGCUAUGAAGGAAACGUUGAAGAGGACUUCUAUACCACGUUUCAGGUUUUUCAAGAAGAACUUGGAGUGGUCAAGUCAUAUAAUCUGAAACCAGGAGGGGACAAGAUCCCUGUAACCAACCUAAACAGAAAAGAAUACGUCCAGCUCUACAUUGAUUUCCUGCUGAAUAAAUACUUGCUUCUAAGGCCAGAGGAGGUUGAGAUCCUGGUUUGUGGAAGUUCUAAUCUGGACAUGGGCUCUCUGCAGCGAGUGGUGCAGUAUGAGGGCUACAGCAAGACUGACCCCACCAUCCGUGCCUUUUGGGACGUGGUGCUGGCAUUUCCUUUAGAGCUACAGAAGAAACUGCUCCACUUUACCACAGGAAGUGACCGUGUUCCUGUGGGUGGAAUGGCCGACCUCAACUUCAAGAUCUCCAAGAUUGAUGUCUCCACUGACUGGCUCCCAGUGUCGCAUACAUGCUUCAACCAGAUCUGUCUACCUCCAUACAAGAGCAAGAAAGAACUACGGCAAAAGUUAACUAUUGCCAUUUCAAAUGCAGAGGGCUUUGGAUUGGAGUAAAUUACAGUUGUAGAUCAUUUAAUCUGUGUUCACUGAAAGAAUAUGGGCUGUGAUAGUUUUUUUU